AUGAUAAACACCGGUUCGAUAGGUGCGACGUGGAUCUCGUUUGCAUGCUGUUUGUGCUUCGUCAUAACGUAUAGCAGUCGUAAUGUGUGCUGCUCGCUCGCAGCCAACACCGGUAAAGAGUACACGGAACAAGACAGACAGUACUGGAUCGAAAACGCUAUGGCGAAGGUGACCGAGAAAGUCAAGUACGUGAAUAAAAGAGGCGUCGCCAAAAAUAUAAUCAUGUUCCUGGGUGACGGUAUGUCGUUGACUACGUUGACGGCAUCGCGUAUCUACAAAGGUCAAAUGGAAAAACGUUCCGGCGAGAAUGAGUACUUGAGCUUCGAGAAAUUCCCAUUUGUCGGCAUGUCAAAGACCUACUGCGUGGACAAACAAGUGGCAGACUCGGCAUGCACGGCCACCGCUUACCUGACGGGCGUGAAAGCCAACUAUGAAACGAUCGGGGUAUCGGCCUCUGUGAAGCUGAACGACUGUCCCGGGUCGGUGGCUCCCGGUAACAGGACGCAGUCUAUAGCCGAAUGGUCGAUGGCAGCGGGCAAAGCCGUCGGGCUGGUAACCACAACCCGGGUAACGCACGCGUCCCCGGCCGGGGUUUACGCGCACACGGCGCACCGAGACUGGGAGUCGGAUGCCGAUCUGGCAAAGGCGGCGAACCUGACGGACGUGACGCAGUGCGAAGACAUCGCCAAACAGCUGAUUACCAGAAGCCCCGGGAUAGACAUAAAGGUGAUACUUGGCGGAGGUCGCCAUAAGUUCUUUCUUAAUAACACAGAUAAGAAAGGAUCAAGAAGGGAUAUGGAUCUCGUAGAGUUUUGGAAAAAAGAUAAGGCGGAACGUUUUGGAAAUGAUAAAUCAGAAUACGUUGAAAACAGGGAACAACUAUUAAAUGUUGACCCUUCUAAGACCGAUUAUUUAUUGGGCCUUUUUGAGAGCAGGCAUAUGAAAUAUCAUUUGAAAGCGAAUGCUAGUAUACAACCAACUUUGGCGGAAAUGACUAGAAAAGCCAUAGAAAUUUUAAAGAAAGAAGAAAAUGGUUUUUUCUUGUUUGUCGAGGGGGGUCUCAUUGACUCUGCGCAUCACGAAACCGUUGCCAGGUUAGCGCUGGACGAGACGGUCGAGUUCUCCAAAGCCGUCCAACAGGCUGUUGACAUGACCAGCGAAGACGACACACUGAUCGUCGUCACGUCCGAUCACUCACAUACCAUGACAAUGGCAGGUUACCCGGUCAGGGGUAACGACAUUUUGAGCCUUUCGGGGUCUCGUGGGAUCGACGAAUUGCCAUACACUACACUCAGCUACGCCAAUGGUCCGGCAAAGACCAAUGAUCCACAGCCCAACGUGAAUUGCGCGCGUCAGGAUUUGUCCAAAGUCGACACAAGCAAACUGUCGUUCGCGUAUCCACAUCUGGUGACGAUGCCAGACUACGAAACCCACGGGGGUGACGAUGUGAUGGUGUUCGCCCGCGGUCCUUGGGCCCACCUGUUCUCCGGAAGCUACGAACAGAACCUGAUACCGCUGACGAUGGGAUUCGCGGCCGGCGUCGGACCGGCCGGUCGUGUGGUCGGAGGUCCGGCCGCGUUCACUUCCGCCGGACUUGGCACCGCGGCUGUCUCUUCACCGCUCGCCACUCUCACCGGCGCCCUUCUGACCGUGCUAGUUGUCCGACUCGUUUGUUCGUAG